GAAUUAACACAGCAAGUUCUAUUGCUGCUACCUGGUAUCUAAAUAUGAAAGCUGACAAACUACUUGUGCAACCGCCACUAGAGUACGUCGGGUCGCAUCAGGCACCAACUGCUGCCAACUGCACACAUGUGGCCGAGGCGGGCGGCAGCAACGGUAGUCAAUAGCUGGUCUAUAGUCAGCCAGUAUUAGUGAGCGGGGAUUUGUGUGUAGCAGUAUUUAAUACUUGAGAAUCGGUCAUAGAGAGUAAUGACCAUUGAGUAAUACUCUAUAAUAAAUAGUAUACUGCAGAGUGCGUAGGCUCGACAAACUAAUGUAAAGUUCACACUGUCAAGGAGCGGCAAAUCUCGUGAGGUAGUGAUCAUAGCAGUAUUGCCUGGUGUUAGUUAAGUGAGGUGCACGCACGAGGAACUGCUCCAGCAGCACUGCCCGCCCACGUGGAUUAAGUAAUGCUCAGUAAAGAGAAUUGUUUUAACUCCGUUCAUUCCAAAUAAAUUUUUCUGUGUCUGCACAUUUUUAAUUGAAGAUGUCAGAUGAUGACAUGCCACAGUUGUCAUCAACUACUCUUGCAGCUUUGCAAGAGUUUUAUGCAGAACAAGCAGCAGAAGAAGAGAAAGUGAAAGCUGCACUUCUUGAUCCUAAAACAAAGGAUCAAAAUGUAUUCCAAGCUGACUGGCAACUUAGUCAAUUUUGGUACAGUGAAGAGACUGCAAGUGCAUUAGCUAGUGAAGCUAUUCGAGUGACUGAAAACAGAGGGAAAAUUGCAUUGAUAUCAUGCCCAACUCUGUACCCCAAGUUGAAAAGUUUAUCACCUGGAAGUCUAGUUACCCUCCUGGAAUAUGAUAAACGUUUUGCAGUUUAUGAUGGAUUUGUUUAUUAUGACUACAAAGAUCCACUAAAUCUUCCAAAUGAAUUUGAAAGGUCCUUUGAUGUAGUAAUUGCAGAUCCUCCAUUUUUAUCAGAGGAAUGUUUAUCACGAGUCUCAGAGACACUGAAAUUUAUGGCAAAAGAUAAAAUUAUUUUGUGCACUGGUGCUGUAAUGCAAGAAUUGGCUAAACAACUUUUAAAUCUAAAAACGCCCGAUAAGACCACCGAGCAAACAAGCCGUAUUGUCGACAUACCGCUCAUCAAAGAACGAGAACUUGGAGAAGCAGCUGCCAGCUUGCAAAACGGGAAGGUCCCAGGACAUGUUGGCGUCCAAACAAGUCCAGUAAGCAGCGGCGCGAGAAUGCUCGAAUCUUCUGUUAGUUAUGAACAACCCCUGCGUGAAACAGAAUCUUCCUUAAGCGAUGGAAGUAAUCGACACUGGUUCUCGGGAAACUUUGAGAAGUUACUGAAACCACUUUUACUGACAAUG